CAGGGAGUUUUAACUUUUAAGAUCGCCUCCAUCACCCUUACCCUGCAAGGAAAAAAAAGCAAAGAAAAAAACCCUUCGAUUUUGAACAUGUUCAAGAACACUUUUCAAUCUGGGUUCCUUUCAAUCUUAUACAGCCUAGGGAGCAAACCUCUUCAGAUCUGGGAUAAAGAAGUUGAAAACGGGCAUGUUAAACGAACUCAUGAUGACGACAUUCAAUCGAAUGUAUUGGAAAUAAUUGGAUCAAAUAUUCAAUCCACUUUUAUCACUUGCCCAGCUGACCCUUCUGCAACGCUUGGUAUCAAACUUCCAUUCUUGGUUAUGAUUGUUAAGAACUUGAAGAAAUAUUUUUCUGUGGAGAUUCAAGUUCUCGAUGAUAAGAACGUCCGACGUCGUUUCCGUGCUUCUAACUUUCAAGCUGUCACUCGAGUAAAGCCAUAUAUAUGUACCAUGCCACUGAGAUUGGAUGAGGGCUGGAAUCAAAUUCAGUUGAAUCUGGCUGAUUAUACACGAAGGGCCUAUGGCACCAAUUAUGUUGAGACUCUGCGUCUUCAGGUACAUGCAAAUUGCCGACUACGUAGGAUAUAUUUCUCUGAUCGCUUGUAUUCAGAAGAGGAGCUACCACCGGAAUUCAAGCUAUACCUCCCAAUUCAGAAGGCGUGAAAUGUUCCAUUGGAACGGUUUGAAGCCAUAAUUUCCCAACCCUCGUUCUUCAUGAUUUAAAAAUGUUUUAGCAUUCAUCAGUUUAAUUAUGUAUGUAUAGUUGCUAUAAUAGUAUUAGAAUUAGCCGAUGGUACAUUGAGAAGCUGCUUGGUGUUGCACUUGAUAAUGGUGGAUCUUUACUUGGAUGAUCUCAA